GAUGAUCCUGAGCAUGCGCAGUCUGGUAUCUGUCCUCCCGGACCAGGACAGGCCGCUGGCUCGAUUGGCUAGGCCCAGCCUGGGCCGAUGUCAGCGUCCGGGGAGCGGCUCUGAGCAGUGCCGGGAGGAGGCGACAGCGUCCGGGAGCCGCCCUGGAUGGCAACGGGGUGCGCGUCGUGGUGGUGAACGUCUCCUCUGGGGAAUUUCUGAGCACUCUUGGAGGUUGAUGCAGGUGGAGGCUGCCCGUGGACCAGGCAGUGAUGGUCGGCUAUGACCCCAAAUCUGAAGUGAAAUCCAUCUCAGCGGUGGAGGUGGCUGUGGCAGGAUCCGCAUCUGGGUUUGUCACUCGGGCUCUAAUCAGCCCUGUGGAUGUCAUCAAGAUUCGCUUUCAGCUUCAGAUUGAACAACUCUCCCCGAGAAACCCACUGGCUAAAUAUUAUGGCAUCUUGCAAACUGCACACCGGAUCCUUCAUGAGGAAGGGCUGACAGCAUUCUGGAAGGGGCAUGUGCCUGCUCAGCUCCUCUCAAUCAGCUAUGGAGCUGUCCAGUUUGUGACCUUUGAGUGCCUGACGGAAUUGGUGCACAAUGCCACACCAUACGACACCCGCAACUUCAUUGUGCACUUUGUGUGUGGCGGCCUGGCUGCUUGCACUGCCACCAUGACAGUUCAGCCUCUUGACACACUGCGCACCCGCUUUGCUGCUCAGGGCGAGCCUAAGGUUUACCAAAAUCUUCGUCAUGCUGUGGUGACCAUGUACCAAACAGAAGGGCCUCUGACCUUCUACAGGGGUUUGACCCCCACUAUCAUUGCUGUCUUUCCAUACGCUGGUCUCCAGUUCUCCUUUUACAAUCUCCUGCAACAAUUGUAUAAACGGGUGAUGCCAUCCGAAGGAAUGAAUGCAGAGCUACAGAAUAAAUCAGUCUUUAGAUUAAGACUGGAUAUGUUUCUAAAAGAUAUGCCAUCACUCAAAGAAGUUGUGGACUUGAUGCAAAAAUUCUUGGGUAAUGUUAAAAACCUCGUGUGUGGCAGCUGUGCCGGAGUUAUCAGCAAAACUCUUACUUACCCUUUCGACCUGUUUAAAAAGCGGUUGCAGGUGGGAGGCUUUGAGCAGGCCCGGGCAGCCUUUGGGCAGGUGCGGACGUACAAGGGUUUAAUGGACUGUGCUGGGCAGAUUGUGCGAGAGGAGGGGCCUGUUGGAUUGUUUAAGGGUCUCUCCCCCAGCUUGCUGAAGGCUGCUCUCUCUACUGGCUUCACCUUCUUCUGGUAUGAGUUCUUCUGCAACCUGCUAUAUGCCCUGAAAGACACUGGCAGCACUAAGGGGCAGGAAGGCUGAAGAGGCAGGACUCAUCAGCUGCAAUUACUCUGUGGAAGAGUAAGACUAGUGGCCUCAUUGUCACAUGGCGUGGGGUGGGGAAUGGCUCCUCCCUGCCAGGGCUCUGAAAACACGUGUCCACUAGCUUUGGAGGAAAGAUCUGUUUGGAACAAAACCAAAGGAGCAGGUGACUGCAGCUUCAGUUGAGGACACUGAGCCCUGGGGUACACUGAGCAUGUUCCAUCAUAUCUCCUAUAGUAUCAGCAUUCACUUUGGGAGAAGGGGUUUUAUAAAAACCUAAUUCUACUACCCAUCUGGCAACAUGCUCUGAAGAGGCAUCUGAUCAAAUGUGUGAAAUCCUUCAAGCACAGGGACCCAUCUGGCUUAGCUAGUGCCACUCAACUAGUGUCAAAUGAUGCCACAUCUGCAAAGCUUCAGCCCUCUGCUUAGGGCCUGUCCAUUUGCUGCAUAUUCUCAUCUCCUUGCUGUACAGGUAACCCCUUCCUUUUUCUGCAUAGACACCUGUCUUCUCUUUGCCAUGAACAUUUACCAGCUCCACAUCCUCAGCCACUUUAAACAUACCAUCAUCUAGCAACAUUUAUGCCAACGCCGAUUUGCUUUCUCACUACAAGUGGCAAGCUUACUUUUGUUUUACAAGUGUUCCUUAUUCUGCCUGAGAGUUCUGCUGUGGGCCUCUUAGGGUUCUACUUUGCUAGUGUAAUGCUCUUACAAACAGGUCUGCAGCUCUAAUGCUGUUUGCUCUCAGGAAGAUCUCUCAAUUCACAAAACCCAUUUUUGCUUCGCACUGACAUGUUGGGGCUCUGCUUUGCUAUUUUGUCAUGAUUAAACAGAUGCUAUAAAUAUAUAUAUAUUUUUAAUCUACCUUAAAAUAAUGAAGACAGUCCUGUGGAAACUAGUGACUCUUUGAUCAUCAUAGAGCCAAGGAAUUGCUGAGCACCUGGUGUAGUUGGGAGAUUAAUUCUUUGAUUCUCUUGUGGGGGCUUGAGAAAGACUGAGAGAAAUGACAUGGUUGCUCUGUGGAGGGCAUUGGAGCAGAUCUUCCUCCGUGGAAAUAUUUCCAACCCCUCUCUAUUGUGGAUUAAACGAUCUUCCAAACCUGUCAUAGUCCCUUCUCUGUACUGAAGGGCAAAGAAGCUUGAGGAGUUUGGAAUUGUUUGUGUAUAGUUUGUGUUUGUUUUUAAUUUUUCUGAAGCAGCCUGGUGAGCCUCCAUGUGCACUAGGAGGGAAUGAAUGGGCAGAGAGCCUCCACCCUGAUCCUGGUUUGUUGCACACUGGGCUGUUGAUCAUACAUGUGAUGGGUCUUUAUAUGAUCAUUUAGCUGGUGGGGAAGGGAUUUAGUGACUUCUGUAGUAGAAUGAAAAGACAAACCAUGAUAGUCAUUUCACCUCCCACCCUCGAUGUCUGUGUCUUUAAAGUAUUUCUAAUGUGCCCAUCACUAGUCUCUAAACAUGAGUCACAUCACAAGGAGAGGAAGUGGCUAAAAAUGAGAGCAUUGAUUCCCCUUAGGUAAAGGAGAGAGAUACUGGUUUAAUACAAAGAAUUAGCAAGAUGGGUCUUAUUUUGCUACUGUUGAAUUUUGCAGAUUAGUAUAUUGGGGUUAUAUUUCCUAGAAUCAGAUAAAUUAAGAGAUGGAAAAAAUCUAUUAGGUCACCUUGUUCCGCCCACCUGCAAGGGCAGGGUUGUUGUUUUUGACUGUAUACCUGACUUCAGUCCAAUUUUCAGUGACUCAAUCAAUAGGGCUUGCACUACUUCCCUCAUGAGACUGUGCCACAGUCUAACUGGUGGCGACUGUUGGAAUUGUAUUCUAAUGUAAUCCUAUCAGUGAGGAUUUGCUUUGCCUGAAAUUCCCCCCUCAAGCUGCUCAGCAAUUGCAUUUGUUUUUAUCCUAGUGCCUUUUAUCAUUUGGGUAAAGCAAAACACUUUACUAAGCGAAGUACAACAUCCUAAUAAUACAGUAGCUGUUAUGGAAUCCACAACAGUUGCCACCUAGCCUUGGCCAUUGGAUCCUCUAUGUGCAAAUACUGCAACAAAUACUUUCCAAUACCAUGUGUAUUAUUUCCAAUAGUACUGAUUACCUUAACUCAUGUACAGUAACAUUCAUCUCUCGGGAUGUUUGCACAGAGCUGUAUUGGGUGCUUCAGUGAAAAAAACAAAUGUUCUAGGAUUGGUUACUGAAGUGGGUUAUUUUCCCUUUUGAUUUUAAGCCUCCAUUGUUAUUCAGAGCCUUAAUCCUCUGCAGCAUUUCUAGCGAUCAGCUGAAUGGACCUUCUGUGAAUUCAGUAGACUUAAGGCUUCUGACCCGCUGUGUUUUUUCACAAUAUAUGUUUAAUGUGUGCCUGUCUCUAAAGAGAGGAAAGAAAACAUUAAAUAUUUAUUAUGUUCC